CUUCUACCUUUGUGUAGAAGUGUUGAACACUUGUAUCUAUCUGGAGAGAGAGAGAGAGAGCAAAGUUUUCUUAACCAUGGCGGCUUCCUUCUUGCUGAGAUUUAUUUUCCCACCACCCCUUUCUCUGUUCAUCACAGGGAUGUCAGUGUUUAGCUUAACAUCCUUAGCUGUUACUGGGUUCUCCGAAGUAAAAGGAAAGCACUUGCAGUAUUCCAAGUUUUGGAAUGUAAAUUCUCCAAACAAUGGAAGAAAGCAAAUUAAAGUUUCUGGCAGAACAGGCAUGCUCAUUCUUUAUACUCCCGCAUUUCUUGCUGGUCUCGCAUCCUUUGUUCUUUUUCAGCAUCAGGAUGUCCGAUUUCUAUUGCUCGAUGCAGCUCUAACCCUUCAUUUCUUCAAGAGGGUCUUGGAGGUGCUAUUUGUUCACAAAUACAGCGGGGGGAUGAUUCUUGAUUCUGUAAUUGUUAUCUCUCUUGGUUACUUCUUGUCAACUGCAACCAUGAUCUAUGCCCAACACCUAACACAAGGGAUCUCAGAGCCACCAGUUGAUUUGAAGUAUUCUGGAAUCUUGCUGUUUCUUAUAGGAGUCAGUGGCAACUUCUACCACCAUUACCUCCUCUCCAAACUGAGGGGAGAGGGUGAGAGAGAAUAUAAGAUUCCCAAGGGUGGUUUAUUUGACUUUGUGAUUUGCCCACAUUAUCUUUUUGAAAUUAUAGGUUUCUUAGGGAUCUCAUUUAUCUCUCAAACAUCCUAUGUAUUCUCUUUCACUCUGGGCACUAUCUUUUACCUGAUGGGAAGGAGUUAUGCCACUAGGAGAUGGUACCUCUCAAAAUUUGAAGAUUUCAGUGAGGAUGUCAAGGCCCUCAUUCCAUAUGUUUUCUAGUUUAAAUAUAUAUUUAAAAGUAAUGUUGUUUGAUGAAUGGGCACCUUCAGUACAUCUGUUAUUCAUGUAAAUUAAUUCACAGGAGUUGUUCACAGCUUGAGGUCUUAGAUAGAUUGGUUAAUGUAAUACUACUGAAUUUUAUUUCUAAUUUGGGAAUGUAUUUUAUGAAUAUAUUGAUGGAAUGUGGAAAUCUGAGUUAUAGGAA